CGCGUAUUACGAUAUACCGUGCAGAAAAAGCAAUAAUGAAUUUUGUCUCGACGUAUAAGCGAGAAUGUCUCUUGAAAGGAACCUCACCCUUGCACGCCAUCGAAUCAUCUUGGCCAGAUACCAUUCUAAAUUUCAAGUUUCUUAGAAUCCCAUCAUCUGAGUGGGAUCCGGUUUUGGCCGCUUUAAGGAAAAACUUUUCCGUAAAAAAAAUUUGCGUGACUAUCGAUGUUGAUUUGAAAUCCAAAAACCAUAUCCACAUGACUAAGUUGAAACAUCUCCACCCAUUUGUCCAAAGCCUGCUCAUUCAUUUGAAUAACAGUCAACACUUAACUGAGCUCUUUUUGGUUGGAAUACCUUUUAGUGUUGCAGACCUGGAUUGUGUCAGUAAGGGCAUUGUUAAUUCAAAUUCAUUAGAACAUAUUUGCUUUGCAGAAAGCAAGAUUGGUGAUCCUUACGUCGUCAUUCAGCCCAUCUCCGCUCCGGUGUCAGAUCGCUUGGUGUCAAAUAGAAUAGGGCAAAUGGUUGUGCAUCGUGAUACGUUUUCGAAAGAAAUGAAGCUAAUUACUAAAACUCAGAACUCUCCCAUUAAAACUAGACAUGAGUCAAAAAAUAAAGCAAAGGGAUCAAACGAUGGAUUGGCAAAUGAUGCAUCGUUCAGUCAACUUGUACAUCCAAGAAAUGAUAAUUUCGUGAAGAGAGUUUCGCCAAAUAAUGCGGAGUUACAAAUUACUCAAAUACAUGACGAGGUCAGAACAGUUAAAGCAAAAAUUGCGACAUUAGAGGAGGAAGUGAGAGAGCUCAGUAUAAAAAACAAAACCUCUUCAGGAAGCAUGAUGAUAUCGAGCUCCCCCAAAUUUGCUGAAAGCGACGGGCUUAGUAGUACUUUUACCCGAAGUGUGCUAAUGUGUUUGAGGCAACUUCAGGACUUAUUGAGAGAACUGAAGAUUACUUCCUCUGUCCCUCACCAUUGUCAAGCAAAAGUUCAAGGUCAAGAAAUUCAAGUAAUUCUCGAUGCCGUGUAUGCGGCCGCGCGUCAGUUUGACCCUAAAGCAAACCAAGCAAAAUCGGAAAAAGUGACUAGCGAGAACUGUUCGCUUAGGGGAAGCACGAAAACCGUGAAUUACAAGGCGGAAAAAUCAGGUAAAAGUUGCGAAUACACUUCUGGCGACUUUCACAAAGUUUGCCAAGGCCAAAGUAUGAUCUCAGACAAAGAAAAUACGACAACCACAGAAGAUCUUGCAACACUUUCCCGGACUAUGAGUUUGGUUGCAUCUCUAUUUAACGAACACUCGCCAAUGAACGAUCCUUCACAAAUUAUGCAAGAACCGUCAGCUGUUAGCCACCAUGAUUCCUCAAGAAGUACAACAAGCAAUCUUCUUGUGAAUUCCUUGAAAAGCCUACGAACGAGUUUGGAAGGAUUUUUAAGCGUUUGUUCCCAAGAACAAGCAGGCUCGCAUAACAGUACAUGUUUCAAUUCUUUUUGUACAUCCAGUGCUUCAAGUCGGCCAAUUUCGAACAGCUCAACUGAAAUGCGGACUAAAGUCUCAAAUGAUUCUCUUCCGCAUUCUGACACCAAACAGACAAAAAAAAUUUGGCUUGAAAAAGACAGCAUCCCAUCGCCACCGUCAUCAACCAUCAACUUGUCAUCUAUUGUCGAUCUUUUGGGCAACUUCAGCAUUGAUGAUAUUGGCAGCAGUACGCUGACACCUCCGUAAAUAAUGAAGGGAGCAGCGAAAACCAUUUAUCGUAAAAAAAUCUGAUGAGUGCGAGUUGCUUUGCUCCAUAAAAUGCCUCCGUCACUAAAAGAAAUUC